AUUUCUAUCUUCAGAAAUGCCAAUCAGAACAGAGUAUUUCCAUCCAGCACGAAACAAGCAUCGUGUGUCGUUGGCUUUAUUUGAGGGACUCUAUCUUUCGUUGCUGGGUCGCACUAUCUGCGUGAAUCCUUCUUAGUAAUUCUUUUCCACGUGGUCAUUGUAUCUGCAAGAUGUUCACGGCAAAUGCGAAGAUAAUUAAAAGCGGCGGGGCCGAGCCCGACCAGUUCGAGUUGGGCAUUUCUAAUGCUCUCUUGGAUUUAGAGAUGAACAGCGACUUGAAGUCGCAACUAAGAGAACUAUAUAUUACUAAAGCACGAGAGAUGGAGACGAAUAACAAGAAGUCCAUCAUUAUAUAUGUGCCCAUGCCAAAAUUAAAAGCCUUCCAAAAGAUCCAGACAAGGCUAGUACGGGAACUGGAGAAAAAGUUCUCUGGUAAACAUGUGAUGUUUGUUGGUGAACGUAAGAUCCUUCCUAAGCCAACAAGGAAGACUCGCACCAAGAACAAGCAGAAGCGUCCUAGAAGCCGAACGUUGACUGCUGUGUAUGAUGCCUUGUUGGAGGAUCUGGUGUAUCCUGUAGAGAUCGUCGGCAAACGCACCAGAGUUAAGCUUGAUGGAUCUCAAGUUAUCAAGGUCCAUCUAGACAGGAAUGAGCAGACGAAUAUUGAACACAAGGUUGAUACAUUUGCUUCAGUAUACAAACAACUGACUGGACGGGAUGUCACAUUCGAGUUUCCUGAAUCUUAUGUAUAAUUUAUAAAAAAAAAAAAAAUAAAAGUGUGAACUUUUCAAGACCGAAA